AUGGAAAGACUUGAUGUACUGAGCUUCGCGAGAAACGAUCCUUCAGCUGUGUUAUUCAGUUUAUUUAAUGGUCGAAUUCGUUAUUGGCUAUCGCUAUUUUUGUUGCACAAUAAUGAUCACAAAAACCGGUACCCAAUUGAUAAUUUUCAUCGAGAGAAAUUGCCUCUUUCAUUCAAACAAUUACUAAUAAGACGUACUGACAUUAACAGCGUGAAUGUAAUUUGGGGACAUGUGCUUGGUGGUAUCAAUCACUCUAUUCCUGGAGUAGACGGACGGACCGCAGUAUCUGGGAUUUCCUUUGGAAUAGUUCGGUCUUCAACACUGCAUUUUUCGAUUAUGACGGAACAUGAUUGUGCAAUGCAUAAAUCUAAUCUAGUACCUACCGUUAUGGCAAGGGUAGCAGAAACAUUUGUUCUGGUACCACUUGGUAUUUACGAGAUAAUAAUUUCAUCGAGAAGUCUCGAAAAUACUUGUAUUUAUAUUAAAUCCAUGCCAUAUUACUAUGGCAGUGCAGAUUUUGCUUCUCGCGAUGGAAAUCAAUAA